AUGAAAAGUGCAAUAAGGGACGUUCGUGGUGGAGCAAAGUUGAGGCCGACAGCUGCUUUGUAUGGUAUUCCUGUUAUGACAUUAUCUGAUUACUCAAAAAGGGACAGCUAUGAUCUUCCAUGGGAAGAAAACCCGUUUUCUCUCGUGAACAGGAGACAGAAAUUAGAGAUCAAAUAUUACUUCUGGCAAGUAUGUUUUAUGGAUUGA